CCAUCAAACCCAAAGAUGAAGUUGGACGUAUUCUUACAGCCAUUGAUACACGAGUUAAAAUCUCUGUGGGAGGUUGGUGUGAACACUUACGACAUAUCGUUGAAGCAAAAUUUCCAGAUGCGAGCAGCUCUGAUAUGGACUAUCAGUGAUUUUCCAGCGUACGCUAUGUUGUCUGGGUGGGGUACAGCUGGGAAAUUGGCAUGUCCACAUUGCAUGGAGAAUACAGAAGCAUUCACUUUGCCGAUGAGUGGAAAACAAUCGUGGUUUGAUAAUCAUCGGAAGUUCUUACCUCCUAACCAUGUGUUUAGGAGAAACAAAACUUCAUUCUUGAGGAAUAAGACAUGCAAUGUUGGUCCACCAGAACAAAGAUCAGGAAUACAAAUCUUGAAUCAAAUCGAGGGGUUAGGCUUCGUGAAGGUUACCGAAGACUUCGAUGGCAGGAACGCUCAACUCGCCAAAUAUCAAGAUGUAGGGUGGAAAAAGAAAAGCAUAUUUUGGGAUCUACCCUAUUGGAGACAUCUUUUGAUUCGACAUAAUCUGGAUGUCAUGCACAUUGAGAAAAAUGUGUUUGAUAACGUGUUUAAUACUGUCCUGAAUGUGAAGGGGAAGACAAAAGAUACAGAAAAAUCUAGAGAAGAAUUGAACACCUUCUGCAAGCGGAAAGAGUUGAAGAAAGUGGAUGGAACUCGAGGGUAUCCGAAAGCAUGUUAUACGCUUGACAGGGAAGAGAAGAAGAUCUUACUUCAAUGGAUCAAGAGUCUUAAGUUUCCCGAUGGGUACGUGUCAAAUAUUAGUAGAUGCGUUGACAUGAACGCCCUGAAGAUGCACAACAUGAAAAGUCACGACUGUCACGUGUUCAUGCAAAUCCUUCUGCCUGUUGCAUUUAAAGAACUUCUUCCUAAGAAUGUUUGGGAGGCAAUUACAGAGUUAAGUUUCUUCUUCAGAGAAUUAACAUCCCGCAACGUGGCCAUAUAUGACAUGAGAAUACUGAGUGAGAAGAUAGCUGUUACUCUUUGCAAACUUGAGCGUAUCUUCCCUCCUAGUUUAUUUGAUUCAAUGGAGCACCUACCAGUUCAUUUGGCAGAUGAGGCACGAUUGGCUGGUCCAGUGCAAUAUCGGUGGAUGUAUCCUUUUGAAAGAUAUUUGAGGACAUUAAAAAAUCAUAUAAAAAACAAAGCCAAGGUUGAGGCGUCCAUCGCCAAUGCAUACUUACUUGCAGAAAUGUCAACCUUCUCUUCGUUUUACUUUGAAGAUCAAAUAUCUACAAAGUGGACAACUUUGCCUCGCAAUAUUGAGAUGCCCGUUGCUGAAAAUGAUGAUCCUCUUUGUCUCGCCAUAUUCAAACCUAUUGGGCGUUCACUUGGCCGAGGGACGAAGAGAUACAUGGAUGAGCGCGAAUGGCUUGCUGCACACAUGUAUAUUUUGAGCAAUUGUGCAGAGGUUGCAGAGACAUAUAGCAAGAUCUUCAAGGAGGAAAAACGAUAUGCAAAUCCUUACAUGAUUGAUGCAUAG